CUCACUCAUCAGUUACAGAUCAACUUGCAGUCAAAGUGGUUAUCUGAUUCCGCUCCUUCUCAACUCAUUUUUUUUGCAAUUUAUUAAUUCAUAAUAUUAAAUUAUCCUUUAUUAUCGAAUUGUAUUUUAUUUCAAUUAAUAAGUGACUAAUUUCUGCACAAUGACAACCUCGCAACAUAGUAAGAAACGUGUUUGCUAUUAUUAUGAUGGCGAUAUCGGAAAUUAUUAUUAUGGUUCAGGCCACCCAAUGAAACCUCACAGGAUACGAAUGGCCCAUAAUUUAGUCUUGAACUAUGGAUUAUAUCGUAAAAUGGAAAUCUACCGACCACACAAAGCAACCCAAGAAGAGAUGACAAAAUAUCAUAGCGAUGAUUAUAUUCGAUUUUUGAGAAGCAUCCGACCUGAUAAUAUGAGUGAAUACAAUAAACAAAUGCAAAGAUUUAAUGUUGGAGAAGAUUGUCCAGUCUUUGAUGGUCUAUAUGAAUUUUGUCAAUUAUCAACUGGUGGAUCUGUUGCUGGAGCAGUAAAGCUUAACAAACAAGCUGCUGAUAUUGCAGUUAAUUGGUCUGGUGGUCUGCAUCAUGCAAAAAAAUCUGAAGCUUCCGGAUUUUGUUAUGUAAAUGACAUCGUUCUAGCUAUUCUAGAACUACUUAAAUAUCAUCAAAGAGUUUUGUAUAUUGAUAUCGAUAUUCAUCAUGGAGAUGGUGUAGAAGAAGCUUUCUACACGACAGAUCGAGUAAUGACUGCUUCUUUUCAUAAAUAUGGAGAAUAUUUUCCCGGUACCGGCGAUCUUAGAGAUAUUGGCGCUGGUAAAGGAAAAUAUUAUGCUGUCAAUUUCCCGCUUCGUGAUGGUAUUGAUGAUGAUGCAUAUGAAAGUAUAUUUCAACCUCUUAUUUCCAAGGUUAUGGAAAUGUAUCAACCAAGUGCUGUUGUUUUACAAUGUGGUGCAGAUUCAUUAUCUGGAGAUAGGCUUGGUUGUUUCAAUUUAACAUUGAAAGGGCAUGGAAAAUGUGUUGAAUUUGUUAAAAAGUACAAUUUACCAUUACUUCUUGUUGGUGGUGGUGGGUAUACAAUUCGUAAUGUUGCUAGAUGUUGGACUCAUGAAACUGCCGUCGCUCUUAACUGCGAAAUACCAAAUGAACUUCCAUACAAUGAUUACUUUGAGUAUUUUGGACCUGAUUUUAAACUUCAUAUUAGUCCAUCAAAUAUGGCUAAUCAAAAUUCACCUGAGUAUCUUGAAAAAAUCAAGACUCGUCUUUAUGAAAAUCUCCGUAUGUUACCACAUGCUCCUGGAGUACAACAAACAGUAAUACCAGAAGAUGCAAUAAAUGAUGAUAGCGAAGAUGAAGAUAAACAAGAUCCUGAUGAAAGAAUAAGCAUUAGAGCAUCUGAAAAACGUAUUGCUAAAGAUGAAGAAUUUUCAGAUUCAGAAGAUGAAGGAGAUGGUAGAAGAGAUGUUCGCUCCCAUAAACCAAGUAAACCAAAAAGAGCAAAGGUCGACGCUGUUGCUGGCAAAAAACCUGACGAUGAAAAAACGGCUGAAUCAUCCGAAGAGACUAAAACGGAAGAAGAAGUUAAAGAAUCGAGUUUAAAUACAACUUCUCAAUCUUCUGAACCAAGUAAAGAUAGCGAUUCAAGUAAAGAUCAAGUAAAAGAGACACCAAUGGAUCAAUCUGAUUCAGGAGAUAAUGUGACUGAUAAUAGUACUACAAAAGAGUCAUCCAGCGAAUCAAAAGCUGAAGUACGGAAAUCGUGAAUUUAAAUACUCAUCUGGACUAUUUUAACUAUAAAAUCUCAACCAUCAUAAUUAUAUACAUAUUUAUUAUUUGGAUCACAUUAAAGCAUAGAAAUUGCUUAAAUAACCAGAUUUUUCAAGAUCAAUCAAAAAAACAUACAACAAGCAAACGAUGGAUUGAUUACAACUUGAUUUAUAUUUAUCAUUGAUUUAUACUCUAAAUCUAGUAGAGUUAUGUCACAAUUUUGUAUUAAUUAGGUUCUGCUCACAAAUUGUUGAUCAUCAUUAAGUUCAUCUCAUAUCAAGAAACCAUUUUGUUUUUCACUCUA